CUGCAAGUCUCGGUCUCGGCUUUGACCUUCAGAGCCUGGGAGUGGGGGCUCCUGCGGCGCUCCUGACCUGCUGAGCCGCAUGGGCGAGCCGGCACCGGUCCCGGUUCAGGCCGAAGGAUGCUCGGCGCCCUGAGAGGCACGGGGCUGCGCCCCUGGGGGCAGGCGUCUGUCUUGGAGGCUUCAGGAAGGCCCAGCCGCAAGUCCCCACAGACAGGACUCUGUCCUUGAACUGGGGAUCCCCUUCUUGGGAACCUUGCUUCCGACUCUCGGACGAAACCUGGGCCGCUGGCGCUGUGUGAAUCUGAGUGGAAUUUCUCUCUCCGUUUUGCCAAAUGAACAUGAAAACAGGGUGCCCUCAGAAGCAUCCAGUUGAAACUCCAGCAGAAGCCAGGUAGGAUGGCUGUGGACACAAGAAAGUCUGCCGGCCAGCUGUUCCAAGCCUCAUGGGGUCAGCAGGGACCUGUGAUGGUGAAGGUGAAGUUGGAGGAGGACUGCCCCAGGAAUCAGGGCCUCAGCAUUCCAGAGGACCAGCUCCCUCCCUGGGAGAUCUUCAGGCAGCAGUUCAGACAAUUCUGCUACCAGGAUUCCCCUGGACCACGUAUGGCCCUGAGCCGGCUCCGGGAGCUCUGCCGUCAGUGGCUCAGGCCGGAGACACAUACCAAGGAGCAGAUCCUGGAGCUGCUGGUGCUGGAGCAGUUCCUGACCAUCCUGCCCCAGGAGCUCCAGGCCUGGGUGCAGGAGCAUCAUCCAGAAAGCGGGGAGGAGGCAGUGUCGAUACUGGAGGAUCUGGAAAGAAAGAGAAAUGUCAUUCAACAUUUACAGCAACUAAGAAGUAGGUCAUAUCACACAUGGAAACUAAGUUCAGAGAGGUUGUGUAACUUGGCCGAGGACGUUUCAGCCUGUGCUCUGGAACAGAAAAUCCUUUUGCAGACGAUGACCCUUCAGACCCUAGAGGAAGAGUCUUCAUACAGCUGGGUUCAGCCCCCGGCGAUCCAGUUCAAGGGCAAAGGACCUGAGCCCCAAACAUCAGAAGAAAGAGAUGGUGGUGUGAGGACUGAGAACAUGACAUUAGACACGAAGCAGGAACUUUGUGAAGAAACAGAAAGACAUAGGGAGGGGUCUGAUGGACAUCAUGAAACGGUGUCUCAGCCCACCAAAUACAGAGGAGACAGUGAACCUACUGGAAGUUUGGAAAUGCAGAAUGGGGAUGCCACAAGUGAAAAAAAAUAUAAAUGUGAUGAAUGUAGGAAAACCUUCAUGUGUAUCAGAGGCCUUCAGAUGCAUAGGAGGAUCCACACUGGAGAGAAACUGUACCCAUGCACAGAAUGUGGAAAGGUCUUUAUCAGACGUGCAGAACUUAGCCAGCAUCAGGGGCUUCACAGCAAGGAAAAGCCCUAUCAAUGUAAAGAGUGUGGCAAAGGCUUCAAUCAGAAGGCAGGCCUCUUCCAACAUCUGAAAAUCCACACUGGAGAAAAGCCCCAUCGAUGUAGUAAAUGUGGCAGAUGUUUUAGUCGGAGAUCACUUCUCACAAAGCAUCAGAGUCUCCACACUGGAGAGAAACCUUUUGACUGUGUGGACUGUGGGAAAUCUUUCUGCCACAAUUCAGACCUCAUUGAACAUCAGGGAUUCCACAACAGAGAGAAACCUUAUGAGUGUAAUUUAUGUGGGAAAGCCUUCAGGCAGCGUGCACAUCUUGUUGAGCAUCAGCGAAUUCACAGUGAAGAAAAACCCUAUGAAUGUAAAGUAUGUGGAAAAGCAUUCACUCAGUAUGCAGGACUUAACCAACACCAGAGAAUCCACACUGGAGAGAAACCUUUUGAAUGUCCUAUAUGUGGACGAGCCUUUAGCCGGAGCUCAGAACUCAUAAUACAUCACAGAAUCCACUCAGGGGAAAAACCCUAUGAAUGUGCCGAGUGUGGAAAAACCUUUAGUGUGAGCUCAACCCUUAUCAUACAUCAGAGGAGUCACACUGGGGAGAAGCCCUAUAAAUGUGACAAGUGUGGUGAAGCCUUCAGUCAAUGCUCAGGCCUUAAUAAACACAAGUUAGGAGGGAAGCAUGGAAACCCUCCUGAGCCAAGAAAGUAUAAGUGUGAUGAGUGUGAGAAGACCUUUACUAGGCCUUCUGGCCUGAGGAACCACAAAAGAAUUCACACUGGGGAUAAGACCUACCAAUGUCCUGAGUGUGGGAGGGUCUUCACAAGGGGUGAGCAUCUUAUUGAACAUCAGGGGAUUCAUGACAAGGUGAAGCCCUAUCAAUGUAAAGAGUGUGGCAAAGCCUUCAGUCAAAGGACAGGUCUUAGUCACCAUCUCAGGAUCCACACGGGAGAAAAACCUUUUGCGUGUUCUGAAUGUGGGCGAGCCUUCAGCUGGAAGUCAGAUCUCAAUAAACAUAAGAGAGUCCACUCUGAGGAAAAACCUUAUCAAUGUGAAGAGUGUGGGAAGGCCUAUAAGCAGAGAGCAACACUGAUCCAACAUCAGAGAGGCCACAUUGUGCUAAGCCCCGGUGAGGUGACUGGGGUGAAGCCUGCAGUGGAAGCUCAGCCCUGAUUAAGCACCAGAGAAUCCACCACAACUGGACACCUUGCCUAGAUGUUUGGUGAUAACUUCAAGUACAAUACAGGAUUU